UGUUGGGUAGAUAGUGCGACCGUGUCUGCGUGAAGUCACAGCUUUUAUUCGUUGAUAAAGGAAAAGAGAGAGAAAAGUUAUAGAUUUAUCAAACAUUCAAUGGGAAUGUGAGAGUGCUUAUGUGCUUCUCUUCUAAUAAAAGUGUAGAAUGAUUAAGUAGAAUAUUCGUGUAUAAAGGAUAGCUCCGCACGAACCAUUAUGCCUUGAAACGAACUGUUUAUUGUUUGUAUUAGAACAGAUAAUGUCACCUGUUUCAAUCGAAUGUGACUGUAGUUAGCAUAUAAUAGUGUGCAUAUUCCUUGGCUGUAAAAUUGGAUGUUAGAUUUGGGUAUUGUAAUGUUGGCUUACCAACGUUGCCUGAGGAUCGUGACCUGAAAUUCGUUUGCUGAAUCCAGUGCUACAGAUAUGGGGAACUUCAUAAAAUAUUUCUUUUGUUUCUUAGCAAACACCAUCAUUUCGGAUGCCGUAGGAUUCUUUUUGAAAAAUGAAUUCGAGAGAGAGCAGGACUUUCUUGAAGAAAAGAAUGCAAAAGCGAUCUUUAGUGGCAAUUCUCCUGGCCAAAAUCUUUCGAGAGCGAAUAGAAUAAUCAUUCCUCAUGAAAGUGUUAUAGAAGAAAUACAUUUUGAUGUAACAAACAACCAGCUUCCUUCGAUAUCUCGUCGCCCUGUGCCAAGUAUUUUUCACAUGUUAGGAGGCGAAGUAAAGCAGAACAGACUGAAUAACCCAAGCAGUGUGUCUCUCCCACGAAAUACAAAUUUCCUUCCUCUGACUACUCCGGUAUCCUUCUCCAGCGCGACAUCACUUCACCCUUUCACGCACAGUCAGAUGCAUUCUGCAGACCGUCGAAAUCACCUUGAUCAUCUUAAUCCAGUAUCAUUAUCCCUUCAAGAACGUCGAGGACACCAUCAACCGAUUUUGAGUGAUUUUGCCCGUCCCUCGACGUUAAAAGAUGAUUCAUUCGAAAAUCGACAACUAUCCAAAGUAGAGCCAAAAGGAGGGCCAAACCUUCAGAUUAUAAUGAAGCCAGCAGAUCAUGAGCAGUCUUCAGCUACGAUUCAUUGGUCUCAUGGUUCGAUUAACCGUGAAAAGCCAUCGCCAAGACCGUUGCACCAUUCAAAGGAUUUGAAGCAACCAGCUGGACUGAAUGUCAAUCAAAUCUCGUCUUCAACCACAUCUAAUCUCUUAAAAUAUGUAUACUCUGGUGAUUCCACAAGUUCUUAUACCCAGUGGCUAAAAGGGAACAAACGAUUCCCCGAUAUUUCCCGAAAUCUACGUUUGCAAGGAACUUAUCAACUGCCUUCACAAAGCGAAUCAUCGCCGACUAGUUUGACCGCGACGUCGCGCCUGUCCGCACUUCCCUCGUCUUCUGUAGGAGCAACUAACCAAGUGUUCGCAAAAACGCUUGCUUCCCCUACUUCUGGCACGCGUCUCCCAGGGUUUAAGGCACCUAUGUAUAGAUAUGUAAAUGAGAUACACGGAAUUAAUUAUAAAGGAUCUCCCUUGGAUAGUGCUCGGGGGAUCAACCAACAAGACAGUAGGUUAUUUGGCUCGAAGUUGGCCUUUGAACCUUUCCGAACCACAAAGCUCGACACGCCGAAACGCAGCUCUCAUUCGAAGUCCUCACGUGAGGGGAUCGCUAGCAGUCAUGGAUAUACUGGAACCCUAGGAAUUUUUGAUAGACACAAAACAACAAUAGAUCCAACAGUGAGUUCCAGUCGUUUUGCUGUUCCUCGCAACAGAUCGAACGCGUUAGGGUCUCAGAUCUCUGACGAAACCCAAGUUAGCUUCAACCGAUUAGGACAUGGCAAUCCUAAUAGGCAAGGCAAUCCAGCAACGGCGGAUCCUGUCGUUCUCCAAGGCCCUGCUGACGUCACCAGCGCCGCCGACCUGGCCGCGCUGCUCGGGCUCCUUCCCUCCUCCAUCCAUCACCAUGCAGCAGGAGACGCAGCAGGUGCUUCGUCAGGAUCCUUGGACCUCGAGAAGAGUAAUUUGAUCGACUUUGGGACGACGACCACGGCGCCGCCGCAUUUGGCUAUGGAGAUUUUUGAGCAGGUGUUCAGCGAGGAGGAAAUGCGCGAGAACGCCCUCGUCCGCCGCCUCCAUGAUCGCCUCGAGCACCACGCCCACCGCCUCGACGUCAGUGCCAACAUGAACCCAUGGGCGGCGCUCCUUUACUUCCUCCUGCCGCUCGUGGUCUUUGCCGCCGCUGCUUUCGUCAUCAUGGGCGUGACGCCACAGUUGGUGGGUCUUUUGGGGCUUUUCAUCCCGGGUUUCAUCAUCCUCACGAUGACGAGCGUGGCACCAGGGGGCGGGGGAAGAAGCAGCCGGCGAGGGGCGCGCAAACGGACUCUGCCUCGGAGUUACGUUCGUCGACUAAACUCGGUCGACGAUAUUUACAGUGACAUGCAAAAGCAUAUAUUUUCUUUUCGAGAAAAGUACGGUUCCAAAGAAAUUUAGGGCUAAUACAGGUUUAGAGUUUAAAGACGCAGGAACAGAAUUUGGGUGACAAGGAGUCCAUGUUAUGAAGGAUAAUGCUCAAACACUCAUUUUUUAAGAGAAAAUAUAUUUCUGAGCGAUUCAUGAUUGUUUUAGUUUACUAAACAUGGAAGGAGGAAGCAUGCCUAUCUUUUUGUCUA